CCGCAGCCGCUCGAGGGCUCCUCGCCCUGACGGUGAACGGCUGAGGGCCGCGCGCCUGCCGGCCCGUUUCUCACCUCCUGCAUCCUCGGGAUGCGAUUCCUCCCAGUUGGAGCCUUGACGUCGCUGCCAAAUAACGGGACGGCCUCAGUUGGACUCAUUCCAUCCUUGUCGAACAGAAAUGCCUGGGCGUGGAUAUUUGGAUAUUGUAAUUGAAAUAUAUUUGUGUGUUUGAAUAAGAUUAGUUUUCAAAAUAUCUGUAAAAUCCGGUCUGCCGUCCUUGGCGAGUUGCUCCACGCAGAAGCCCAGUUUCUAAUUUGUUUGUUUCCUAAAGGGACACCGCAGCUGUUCUGGAAUGGAGAUUUCGUCCCACCAGUUUCACCUCCUGCAGCAGCUCAAUGAGCAGCGCAGACAGGACUUGUUCUGCGACUGCAGCAUCCUGGUGGAGGGGAAGGUGUUCAAAGCACACCGAAAUGUGCUGUUUGCCAGCAGCGGGUACUUCAAGAUGCUCCUUUCGCAGAGCUCCAAGGAAAUGACUCAGCCCACCACAGCCACUUUCCAGGCAUUUUCUCCUGACACUUUUACAGUUAUUCUGGAUUUUGUGUAUUCGGGCAAACUGUCUCUCACCGGUCAGAACGUCAUCGAAGUGAUGUCGGCCGCCAGCUACCUGCAGAUGACCGAUGUCAUCAGUGUGUGCAAAACGUUCAUUAAGUCGUCGCUGGACAUCAGUGAGAAGGAGAAGGAUCGCUACUUCAGCCUUUCAGACAAGGAGGCGAAUUCCAACGGCG